CAAGUGAAGGCACCGAAGUCCGUUUGUAUUUGAGAGGAAAAUAUAUUUUACAAAGGAUAUCAGCAACGACUUGAAGAUAACGAAAGACUUCUACAUGAAUGUUAUGAAGAGGAUCACUGUGCUACACCUGAUCAGCAAUUAAUCCCUCCCAAUAAAACCCCCAUAUUCCAGAGAUCCCUGCCUGUCUCUGCUGGUGCUUCCUGUCACACUGGCAGAAGAGGCAGGGCAGCAGGUGUUGCCGGGGGGAGGACCAAGGCUGCACCCACCUGCCCUCUCCAACUUCCUCCUUCCAUAUCUGAGCCACUUGACCUGCAGCUUCCACAGGCGGUGGGUUGAGAAGGAUCCAGCCAGGACCCUUAAGUGUGACAGGGCUCUGCCAGGUGGCGUUGGCUGGUUGAGGAGCGGAGCAUGUUGAGUGGCUGUGGUUGCUAUGGAGCUGCAGGAUAAGAAGCAGGAGGAGAAUGCUGUGACUCUGGGCCUUUCCACUGGCCAGGCUCUGGUGAAACUACGGGAUCAGCUCAGCAGCCUGCUGGAGCAGCACCAGAGGACUGCACGCAGACGAGCCUCAGUGCCAGAACAGUGGGUGAGUAGCUUCCUAUACCAUGGCAACCGUCACUCCUGUCUCCAUUGGCCGGGAGCUGCCCUCACCCUACUGGUGGUGCUGGGACUCUUCUGUUGCCAUGGCAGCCAGCCAAAGGGCAGCUCUGGUAUAGAGCUGAUGAACGCUGCAGCUCUCCUUCUCCUCUUCCUGCUGAACCUGCUGCUGGUUGGACGUCAGGAAAGGCUGAAGAAAAGCGAGAUGGUGCGACGCCUCAAAGGCAUCAUCACACAACUCAGUGAUUACCUGUCAGGCUGUAUGGGUGAAGUGCGGUGGCCUCCAUCUCUUUACCCUGACCUGUACACACCCUCGUCCCCUUCAUGGUCCCUUCAUUGGACCUAUCGUGACUCUCAGUUGGUUAACCUGCCUGUUAGCCUGCUGGUGGAAGGAGACAUCAUUGCUCUGAGACCUGGCCAAGAGGCAUUUGCAUCACUAAGAGGCAUUAAGGAUGACGAGCACAUCGUGUUGGAACCAGGAGAUUUAUUCCCUCCAUUUUCUCCUCCUCCUUCCCCACGGGCCAAUGAGAAGAGAGGACCCCAGAGCCCUCAGCAACACCGUCUCUUCAGAGUGGUCCGGACUCCAAUACUAGACACUGUCAGGAACAGUUUAGAGCUGGCACUGUCUCGGCCAAUCACAGUGCUCGAUAAUGAGAGGUUUACAGUGCAGUCGGUCAUCACCAAGCUAGUCUGUCCUGUUGUGCUGGUGGCAUUCCUGCUGGUGAAUACCAUCCGGUAUUUUUGUGAUGCCCCCAACCUCACACCCGUCUGCUACAAUUUCUUUCAACUUCAGCUGAUGGGUGUUCUGCCCAUCUUGCCCUUGCUCUUCCCUGUCAUGUGGGUGCUGGUGAAUGCCUUCGGAGAGGCCAGGGUCCUCGCAGAGUUCAGCCGUGCGUCACCAGCUGGCCUGCUUGCUAAGUUCUCUGAGGACACUCUAAGCAGCUACACCGAAGUGGUUUCCUCCCAGGAGAUGCUGCGCUGUGUGUGGAGACACCUGGUCGGCGUCCUAAAGGGAGAAUCUCAGACACUCUGCUAUACUUCCAGCCUUUUACACACACUGGGAUCUGUCACUGUCCUAUGUUGUGUGGACAAGCAAGGUAUCUUGUCGUGGCCUAACCCCAGUCCGGAGACUGUGCUGUUCUUUAGUGGACGAGUGGAACCCCCUCAUAACAGCCAGGAUGAUCUCAGAGACGACCUGUCUGUCAACUCCUACUGCCGAAUGGAGACGGAUGAUGAUAGGGAUGAGGCUCAGGAGGCAGAGGCUCUGCUCUGUCUACCAGCAGAGUCCUCCGCCCAGCUGGGGGAGGGACCCGAGCCCAGCGAGACGUCACAUGACACAGCUCGUUCGUCUGACACACUCCGACUUCGGCGCUCCUGCCAGCCUGCACACACUCGCAUCAAACACCACUCUGGAUCCAAUGUGAGCUUCAGCCACGACACAGAGGGAGGCGAGGACGAGCAGACACAGGAGUUUGCGAUGGGCUGCCCAGAAGCAGAGGCUGAGGACUUUGUGUGUGACUACCACCUGGAGAUGCUGAGCCUCUCGCAGGACCAGCAGAACCCAGCCAGCAUCCAGUUCGAUGACCUUUCCUGGCAGUGCCACCUGCCCUCCCUCAAGCCUCUGGGCCUCAACAUCAUGCUGAACCUAUGCAAUGCCAGCGUCACCCAGCUGCUCUGCCGCUUCUCUGACCACCUGUCCAACUUGGCUUUGCAGGAGAGCCAUGGCACGGUGUUGCCCGUAUACGUCCCCUGGGGGCUCUGUGAGCUCUCCAGGCUCAUAGGGUUCACUCCGGGUGCGAGGGAGCUGUUUAAACAGGAGAACCACUUGGCUCUAUACCAGCUACCAACGGGAGAGAAAACCAAGGAGUUCACCUCUCGGCGCCUGCAUUAUUUCACCAAACGCCAGCCUCCCAUCUCCCACCUCAUCUCCCUGUUCGUACGAGACUCUUCUUCCAAUAAUGUCCAGAUGUUAUCACAUGGUUCAGCCGAUCUUAUCCUGGAGGCCUGCACUGACUUCUGGGAUGGAACUGAUAUCUACCCCCUCUCAGGUUCAGACAGAAAAAAGGUUCUGGACUUCUACCAGCGUGCCUGUCUGUCAGGUUACUGCUCAGCCUUUGCCUACAAACCCAUGCAAGUAUCUCUGUCCUGCCAACUGAAUGGAAAGUGUGUGGAGCUGGCCCCAGGUCCCUGCCUCUUCUCUGGGGUGGAGCUGCCCUCCACCACCCCUAUUAAACACAACUCAUGCAGGAACAGCUGGAGCUCAGACGAGGGUAUAGGUGAGGGUGUAGAGCGUGAGGACUGUGUUCAGGCCCUGAGCGGGCAGAUCUUCAUGGGCAUGGUGUCAUCCCAGUUCCAGGCAAGGUUGGACACAGUCCGUCUCAUUGAUGCCCUGGUCACUGCUUGCAUCCGCUUUGUUUACUUUUCCAUGGAGGAUGAACUCCGCAGCAAGGUGUUUGCAGAGAAGAUGGGUUUAGAGACAGGCUGGAACUGUCACAUCUCUCUGACUCCAAACGGAGACAGUCCCUGUGACGGAGCACCAUCCAGCCCCAGCCAGGGCUCACUGCACGAAGACCUGAACCAAGAUUCUCGGGAUGAAGCAGAAGGUCCGCUGCUGCCAGAGGAGGAAGCCCACUCGGAUCUGGCCAGUUUCCAGCCCACAGACAGCGAUGUGCCCAGCUUUCUGGAGGACUGCAACAGGGCCAAGUUACCUCGUGGGAUCCACCAGGUUCGUCCUCAUUUGAAGAAUAUUGAUAAUGUGCCUCUCUUGGUGCCACUCUUCACUGACUGCACCCCUGACACCAUGUGUGAGAUGAUGAAGAUCAUGCAGGAGAACAAGGAGGUGACCUGCUGUCUGGGAAGCUCUGCUAAUUUCCGCAAUAGUCGCCUGUUCGUACAGAGUGACCUCAGCAUUGCUUUGGACCCUCUGUACCCAUCUCAGUGUUCAUGGGAGACUUUUGGCUACGCCACCGGAGGAGGAUUUAAUGGAGAUGCUGAGGGACUGUCUCCUCUGAGACUGUCCGGACAGCUCAACAGUAUGGGCUGCUCUGUCACCUUCCACCAAGGAGAGAGCGUCAGCAUAGUCAAGCUCAUAGAGCAGGCACGACACACAACCUACGGAAUCCGCAAGUGCUUUCUCUUCCUGCUGCAGUGUCAACUGAGUCUGGUCAUCAUCCAGUUCUUAGCCUGUCUAGCUCAGCUUCCUCCUCCCAUGAAUACCACUGACAUCCUUUGGGUGUCCUGCUUCAGCUGCCCUCUACUAAGUGUGUCACUGUUGGGGAAGCCACCUGACUGUUCUGUUAUGACAGUUGCCACAGGGAAGAACCUGGAUGCAAUCCCAAGGAAGACUCAGAACUACUUCCUUGGCUGUUUCCUGCUAAAGUUUGGUGUGACUGUGUGUGCCUACCUGUUGGCCUUUGGGUUCACCCUCCACGCCGUCUGCCCCCAAGGCACUAACUUGACCUUCACUGACAACACCACUGUCACCUGUAGCUGCAUAUUUACAACCAGUUCUUCAGAUGAGGCUCUUCAAUGGUUUAAUGAGCUUUCUAAUGGCCUGCUGCUCACUCAGAAGGUCAUGGCAGGGUUCCUCGUCUUACACACAGUGGUGAUCUCUCUCAGCUAUGUCCACCGUUCCCAGCCUCUGUGGAGAAAGAGCCCGUUCAGCAAUACCUGGUGGUGUCUCACUGUACCUGUGGUACUGCUCAGCCAGAUUGUACAGGCCACCGUGGAUUUUCAGUUAUGGCGCAAUCAGGACAGUCUCCUGAACUUUACCCUGGGAAACAUCCCGCUGGAAGCCUGGCUGCUGGUCUCUCUGUCCCCUUUACUGGUGAUGGUGGUCAAUGAAGUGGUGAAGCUGCACGAAAUUCGCGUGCGAGUUCGUUACCAGAAGAGACAGAAGCUGCAGUUUGAAACAAAGCUUGGGAUGAACUCUCCGUUCUGAGGAAUUCCCUCUAAGGAAGUUGGUGUCUUGGCAAUACUGGGAACUAGUCGGGGCCCUUCAGGAAACCGUGAAAGGGCUGGGUGCACACGCUGUCGUACCAACUGUCACCACCUCAGCCCUCCUGCGCUGUAACUAUGAGACGGAGCAAAUGUCCAGCAGAUGUUCCAGUGCGGGCUCGUGUUUACGCACCAGGGUGUAUUUUCUUAAAGCUGUCCAUCAGUUAUGUGAAGGGCGGGGAAAAGGAAGAUUCCAAAGCAUUCAUUUCCACUGAAUAGAAAAAGAGCCAAAAUAGGCAACUACUUGUUGACUGGUUUCAGUUUUACAGGCAUGAGGAAUGUUUCUAAAGAGAUUGAUUGCUUCCUCACUCGUCAAUGCAGUUCUUCACCACUGAGAAAAUUGUGCAUGGUUUCUCUCAUCUCCAGGAUUGCCCCAGGUACCAAACAGUCCACAAAAUACUGCUUCACUUUCAACUUAUUUUGAUGUGAAGUUAAUUUUCAUUUCAUCCAAAGACAUGAUUGAAUUGUGACAUAUAAUCUAACCAGUCCAACGUUGACUCAUUUAAACAUAAUGUCAAUGUGUCUUCUUUAAAGGGAAACACAUAGGGCUGAAAAGAAAAAGGCACUGUGUAACUAUGGAACCCCAAAGUGUGCAAUAAUCCUGAAAUAUGUGUAGAUACAGCAUUCAUUUGUGAAACAGCUUAAGAAGCACUUAAACUGUCUUACUGUUAGACAUCUGAAAAUAGCUUUGACAUUUUCAUAAUAACAGAGUUAAAAUGUCUUUUAAUGAUGGCACCCUGCUUCGCUUGAACUUGCAGCCUAUCACAUUGAGUCGAUUAGCUCCUUUUAGCUAGAGUGUCUAGCAUGUCUUUGUUUUCCACGAGCUUAAAAAGGCUGCAUAUGCUUCCUGACUUGCUCGGCAGGGUUCAUUACUCAGUAUCAAAAUGAAGAAACAGCAGCCAUUCACAUUAGCUAAGUCAGCAUUACCUUCGCUGUUGAUCAUAAAGAUGUUCCUCAGAAAUAAAUAGUUGGCUGACUGACAGUUACUUGCUCUACCUAACAGGACUCGAAAUCUGGUAGCAGUUGUUCAGCUUGCUGAUGUAAGAUAGGAAGGUGGCCGAAAGGUAUGACAGGUAAUGUUAGGCAAUAAACAGGACAUUUUUUAUUUGCUAAUGUUCUCUCUUUUCAUCUAACGUUGCACAUAUUGUGGUUCCAUAUGUAACACAGGACAGGGUGUUAAAACUACCUCUGAAAAAAAUGUGACAGAAGCUUUUCUGAGCGCUCUUUCUGUUCCUUUCUGUAAUUCACCCCAAGCCACACUUUACUCUUCAGUAUGGUAGCCUGUCAGACCAAGCUCAAUAUUUUAUUUUACAAUAAAUGCUCUUUGUUAUAACUCAAUUCCUGAGCUAAGCCUGAGUCAGACCUACAGCAAAACAAUAAGGAACGAAGAAUUAAAUUGGAUCAUUUUGUACGCACGCAUCUCCAGUCGUCUUAGCAAGUCCUUUCCCAAGUGUUGGGCUUACUCAUCUCCUAGGAAGAAACCUCCUUCUGGUUUGCUAACAUAACAGGAUCUUCUGAAAGGUGCUUUAUAUCAUUCAGUUGCCUUCCUUCUUAGCCUUUGUGCUUCUUUCAUCUGUCUAAAUCUCAACAGAUAGGAGCUCAGGAUACUGUUUCAAGUAGAAAAGAUUGAAUGAUUGAGUCGAGUUCUUCAACAGAUUUGUUAAGAUUACCCCAGAUUUCAUAUUUGACCUGCUUGGCUGACCAACCUAUCCUAGAGGUGUCACUCAUAAACCUCUUUGAGUUUUCCAGCUAAUCUGUGGCUAUCUCUACAUUUACUGUCAGACCUGUUGAUUAAUGUGGUUUGUGUGCAGCAGCAGAUGUCUGUAUCAUUGAUGAUCAGUCAGACCAGCCUUGUGUGUUGUGCUGUCAUUAUUGCAGAUGAAUGCUUUUUUUAAAGAUUGCAGCUGUACACUGGCAGUGCACUAUUUCAGAACUAAAUACCUACUUUUUCACAUCAGGACAAGGAAAGUCAUUCUGUCUUUCUUGUCAGGGCCACACUACCCUGCUUGGAGGCCUAGAGACCCGAAGUAAUCAAUUUCACAAAUUAUUUUCAGGAAGAUGUAUUACACCCAUAUAUAUAAAAAUGAAAUAUUUUCUUUUUUCAUCCUUAACAUUUACAUAUUACAUGUCACAGGUAUUCAUAUAUUUUUCAAAUAUUCUUCACUGUAAGAAGCAAUUGUGACAGAGGAUUUAUCCACUAUUUCUAAACCGAUUUGCAGUCAGUCAGAUGAACACAAACAGUUGCCCCAAAAGUUGUGAGUCGUGUUGGUAAUCCAGCCUUAUUUCCUGUCCACUUGUGGUGUCUCCUAAUCUAAGACUGCAUCAAACAUGGCAUCUGGGGUUUCACAUCAGGGCUGUAGCUACCAUUGAUGACGCUGAGGUCUUGUCAUUUAUCUGGGAAUUUUGAGGUUUUAUCAUUUUCAUUCUGUUUUUGUACGUUUUGUUAAUCCUUUUAUUCUGUAGUUAAACACUGACUCUUGGGAGAUACUUUACAUGCUGACUUCACAGUAAGUGUGUUUAAAUCUGACUGCUUUUAGGCCAACAAUAAAUAAAUAAAAGGAAAUCAGCAUUUCCCCAUCUGUUUCUCAUGAUGUGGAGAAGGCUUUAAAACUAAAUAUAAACACAUUUAUUUAUGUAUUUUUUUGUGUGUCAGCAGUGGGGGCUUGAUUUAUGACCUCAGCAUCUAAAAUCCUGGCUGCAGCCCUGCUCAACCUGUGCUUUCUUUUUACACAUGUGCCUGUCUGUAGUUAUUCCAUAGCUAAAAAGGCUACUUCAGGUUCCAUUUAAGGUGGGGGUGUAUGUGAGUGGGUCAAAGUAAUGAUGUGCAAAAGCACAGUCUAAUUUACUGGUUGUAUGGCACUAAAGUAGUAGUGAUCACUUGUGGAUGGACAAAGUAGUCGGCAUGAAACUACUGAGAAUGGAUUUAAGACAAACAAUACAAUGCAACAAGAAAAUAUACACGAUUGCAUUUUGUUUGGAUUGCCCUGUUUUAUACUUUGCUCUUUUCUAUCAUGACAAAUGUAUAGACUAUGCUGCAUGAAUACGAUCCUGUGAAUGCUCUGUCUUGAUCAAUGUACACAUUCUCUAUAGUUCUACUGUUCGGUUCACAGCACAAAUGAACUCAGUCAGCAUGGACUUCAUACUGUGUGUCAGCAGGCCUCUGGUUCAGUUACUGUCACGCACACGCUUGGUUUGCAGGUUCAGGGUGUGGGCUCAUGGACAAUGGUGUAGUUGUUCACACGACAAACAAAUGGAAAUUUUGUACUUUUUAAAGUCUGUAUGUUCAGGACUUUUGACAGUUUUGUGUAUUGAUUGUCAUGUUAAUAAAUAUGCUCUUUUAUUUAUACAA